UCCAUGGCCGUGCAGCAAGGUCUGUCCUUCAUGGGCCAGCAAGGUGUGGGGAACACCCCAGUUCCUGGCACCUCCAACACCUUCUUCGCCGGGAACCCAGCGCUCCGUGGGCUGGCUGCCGACAGCCGCUUGAUGCAGGAGAGGCAGCUCCAGAGGAUGCAACUGGCUCAGAAACUGCAGCAGCAGAACAUGAUGGGACAAGUGUCACUGCAGCAGCAGCAAGGUGUGAUGGGACAGGCAUCCAUGCAGCAGCAAGGUGUGAUGGGACAAGCACCGAUGCAACAACAAGGUGUGAUGGGCCAGAGCUCGCCGCAGGGUGUCAUGGCACAGGUGUCCAUGCAACAGCCAGGAGUGAUGGGACAAGCAUCACUGCAGCAGGGGGGUGUGAUGGGACAGAGCUCGAUGCAACAACCAGGUGUGAUGGGCCAGAGCUCGAUGCAGCCACAGGGCAUCAUGGCACAGACGUCAAUGCAGCAGCCAGGUCUCAUGGGACAAACCUCCAUGCAGCAGCCGGGUGUGAUGGCACAGCCAGCGAUGCA